AUGACCUUUGCGUUUUUCUCUUCCCGGCAGGGCCCCAACCUGAUUAUUAAUCAGCCCGACGAGCUGCUGGAUGGCAUGUCCGAGUGGUGCAAGGAGCAUCACGGGAAGUCCGGCCUUACUAAGGCUGUGAAGGAGAGCAAAAUUUCGUUGCAGCAAGCAGAGUACGAGUUUCUGUCCUUCGUACGACAACAGACGCCCCCGGGCCUCUGUCCCCUCGCAGGUAACUCUGUUCACGCAGAUAAGAAAUUUCUUGACAAAUACAUGCCUCAGUUCAUGAGGCAUCUUCAUUACAGGAUCAUCGAUGUGAGCACCGUCAAAGAACUGUGCAGACGCUGGUAUCCAGAAGAAUACGAGUUUGCCCCAAAGAAGGCGGCUUCUCACAGAGCGCUCGAUGACAUCAGGGAAAGCAUCAAAGAACUGCAGUUCUACAGAGAUAGCAUCUUCAAGAGGAAAACGGAUGAGAAGAAAAGGAAACUCAUAGAGAACGGAGAAAGCGAUAAAACUGCCAGCUGAUUUCUCCUCUUGCCAUGCCAUCCCGUGGCACCUACUAGAUGUGUCUCCCGGUUCUCUUCUGUUUGCCAGUCUCUUGAGAAGCUGCACCCUUCAGUUACCUUGUUUCUUAACAGCUGUUAAAAUGCAGAUGGGAGCCCGAGUUACUGCUUCUUUUCUGUUUGAGCAAGGAACCGACACGCUCGGGUCUCAGCAGCUUCUUCGUUUGUACGUACUAGGUAGAACACGCUGUUUGAUACUCCUCUUCAUCUGGUUUUAGAUGCAGUCUUUCACUACACAAUAAAAAAACGGUUCUGUUGAGC